CUUUCAGCUGGUUUGCCAACCGCCAAAAAAACUCCAAAGAAGAAGAAGAAGAAGCAAGAAGGAAGAAGGAAGAGGAACCACAACAACAGCAGUGCUUCAUAAAGCUCUCUAUCUUUAUUUACCAGAAUGUUCUCCAUCCUACGGACGGUUUUUCUCUAGGACACCGGUCUUCAGUGCCACCUUGAGGUCUUUUGAAACGACCAGGUCGUAAAUUUACAGCGUAGCAUCGCUAUGGAGGAGACGAGUCGGGAGGCGGUUGCCACGGCGGUGCAGCGGGUUGCAGGGAUGCUGCAGCGCUCAGACCAGCUGGAUAAAGUGGAGCAGUACAGACGAAGAGAGGCACGCAAGAAGGCGUCUGUAGAGGCCAGACUGAAGGCAGCGAUCCAGUCCCAGCUGGACGGUGUCCGUACUGGGCUGACCCAGCUCCACUCGGCUCUGAUAGAUGUCAAAGACAUCCAGAACUCUUUGGCUGAUGUCAGUAAAGACUGGAGACAGAGCAUCAACACCAUCGAGAACCUCAAAGACGUCAAAGAUGCUGUGGUCCAGCACAGCCAGCUGGCCUCGGCCGUGGAGAACCUGAAAAACAUCUUCUCUGUUCCUGAGAUCGUGGCAGACACUCAGCAGCUGAUUGAGCAGGCGGCGCUUCUGCAGGCUCACAGGAAGCUGAUGGAGCUGGAGUGUUCACGUGACGACCUCAUGUAUGAACAGUACCGUAUGGACAGCAAGAACACCAGUGAUAUGCACCUCAUCUCCAUCUACUUUGAAGAUGUUCAGGGUCUGUCUGAUGAGCUGGCUAAGCAGCUAUGGAUGGUCCUGCAGAGGUCCAUGGUGACCGUCCGUCGUGACCCCACCAUGCUGGUGUCGGUGGUUCGCAUCAUCGAGCGUGAGGAGAAAAUCGACCGCCGAAUGGUCGACCGUAAGAAACAGACUGGAUUCAUUCCUCCUGGACGGCCCAAACGCUGGAAGGACAAGAUGUUUGAGGUUCUGGAGGGGACGGUCAGUACCCGGAUCGAGGGCACCCAGUCAGUGACCAGAGAGGCUGAUAAGAUGUGGCUGGUCCGUCUGCUGGAGAUCACCAGGAAGUAUGUGCUGGAUGACCUGAUCGUGGUGAAGACACUCAUGGUGCAGUGUUUCCCUCCUCACUACGACACCUUCAACAGAUUUUUCAGUCUCUACCAUAACGCCGUUUCGUCUCGGGUCAAGGAGCUGGCUUCUGAGGACCUGGAGGCCAACGAGAUCGUAUCCCUGCUCACCUGGGUCCUGAACACGUAUAAGAGCAUGGAGAUGAUGGGGCAUCCAGAGCUGCUCUCAGAGUGUGACAUCAACCAGCUGGAGCCUCUGCUGCCAAAGGAAGUGGUGGACAACCUGCUCAGUAAAUACGUCUCAACGUUUACGUCUAACAUCACAGGCUGGCUGAGGAAAGCUCUGGAAACAGACAAGAAGGACUGGCAGAAGGACACUGAGCCUGAGGCAGACCAGGACGGAUACUACCAGACCACGCUGCCCGCCAUUGUCUUUCAGAUGUUUGAACAGAACCUGCAGGUUGCUGCUCAGAUUGAUGGAGAUUUCAAAGAGCAGGUCCUGAAGCUCUGUCUGAAACAGAUGAACUCUUUCCUGGUCAGGUACAGAGAGGAGGCGGUGGCUUACAAAGAGGAUCAUCUGAGAGACCGACAGCUGCCUCAGUGUUACGUUCAGUACAUGAUCGCCAUCAUUAACAACUGCCAGACGUUCAAAGAGUCCAUCAAUAGUCUGAAGAGGAAGUACUCUCAGUCUUCAGAGCCCACCGACAGUGAUGCGGCCAUCGAGAGAACCCUCAACGAGGUGGCCAAGGAGGGAUGUCAGUUCCUUCUGGAUGAAGUCUUCUUAGAUCUGGAAAAACCCUUCAACCAGGAGAUGACCAGUGAAGCUCUUCGCCGGGUCGUUAUGGAGUACAUCAAAGCAGUGAUGCAAAGGAGGAUCACCUUUAAAUCUGCUGAUGAGAGGAGAGAGGGAGCUGAGAGAAUGAUAAAAGAGGCUGACCAGUUCAAAUUCCUCUUUAAGAAACUGUCUGCUGGUGAAGACACUGACACACUCUGUGGCGCCAUCACUGCCAUUGCUGAAGUUUUCAAGCUAACUGAUCCCACACUGCUGUACCUGGAAGUUUCUACUCUAGGCUCCAAGUACCCAGAUAUCAGGGAGGAUCACAUCCAGGCAUUACUAUCGGUGCGUGGUGAUGCUAGUAGGGAAAUGCGUCAGCAGAUCAUCGGGAGUCUGAGCGAGAACAAGGUUUCUUCCUUUGGUGUGACCCAGCCCAUCUUUAAAGACAUCCCUGUUCCAACCAUCACCAUGACCGCCAUGACCUCCAUGGCUACUGCAAAGCUGCUGAAGUAAUGUUGAUCCACACUAAGCUAUUGGACGUUCAGCACCUUGAGCACCUUCAGCUAACCUGUUUCUGAUUGUUUCAUAUUUCAUGUUUCAAGCCUUUGUUUGUGUCGAUCUUUGUUCUGUAUUGUCCUCCUGAUCACGUCUGCUUUAACUCAGAAUAAAAUUAGAGAUAAGUUAA